UUUUUCAAUUCAAGACUCGGCCUGCAUAAAUUAUGUUCAUGACGUAGUGCAAAAGAGCAAAAAUCUGUUAAUUUUGGGGGACAUUUCUGGAGAUAACCCUUUCUCUUGAUCCCUCAGGUGCACCAAGUUUCCCUGCGCGAUAGUUAGCGAGGGUAGGCAUCAUUAAAUAUUAAGUAAAGGAGGUUCGCGGCGCUGCCGAGCCUCCUUAUCAAUGCAAAUAGCUCUUUUGUGUGCAGCCAUAGCGCCCGUCUGGAAGCUGUGAGAUGAAUUUUUAAUUAUGUAUGUCUAAAACAAACUGUGGCAAAGCUCGGAGAAGGAGGAGAAACAAAGAAAUUAACCGAAAUUUCACGGGUAAUUUCAUAGCCAGGGCAUGCUUUCUUCAGUCAUCAUGGCAAACCUGUGACCUGUGAUAGAAGCCAAACUGUACCAUGGACUCGGAGGACCUCCCUGCAAGCGAUGCUCCACUCACUGUCAAUGAGCAGGUUAUUGUCAUGUCUGGUCAUGAGACCAUUCGAGUGCUGGAAGUGGAAGUGGAUGCUGCUCUGCCCUCCUCAGGGGCUGAUGUCAAAGUGGAGCCAGGACGAGAGGACAGAGGAGGUUUAACUUUAGAGCCAGCUGAUGGUGGCAUUCAGGACGGUCCAGCAGCAUCCAGUACCACAGCCUCUGUUUCUACUGAGACUACAGCCCCAGCAGUUCAGACUGUUGCAGCCCCUAUAAGUGUUUCUCUGCCCCAGCCACAGACCACCAUGCCUAUCACAGUCCAGGCUUGUCCACAGGUUCUGACCCAGGAUGGCCUGACUACUCUGAUGACUGGCAUGAUGGCUCAGCAGGGCUCUCUGGGCCAGCCUCUGCUGAUCCCUAUCAGUAUGGCUAGCUCAGUAGGUGGUCAGGGUGGACUGGCUGUACUUACCUUCCCAACGGCUACUGUGGCCACUCUGCCUGGCCUUGCUGCAGCUGGCCCAGCUGGAGGACUUAUCAAACUGCCUUUUGCUGGCCUGCAAGCUGCAACUGUUCUGAACUCGGUCCAGCCUCAGCUUCAGGGACCUGCACAGACAGUCUUGCAGACCCAAGCGGCUACGCUGCAGUCAGUGCAAGCAGCUGUGCAGCAGACUCCGACUCAGGCCAGCCCAGCCAGCACUGCGCAGGUGGCUGCUGCUACUGCAGCUUCAGCUGUGCACAAGGUCUCUGAGGCCAAUGCCUCUGUCGCAGCAAUCCAGACAGCUGGCCUCACCAUCAACCCUGCCAUUAUCAGUGCUGCUUCCUUGGGUGCCCAACCACAGUUCAUCAGCUCUCUGACUACAACUCCCAUCAUCACUAGCGCCAUGUCCAAUGUGGCAGGACUCACCAGCCAGAUCAUCACCAAUGCACAGGGUCAGGUGUUAGGCACUCUACCUUUGCUUGUAAACCCUGCAUCACUGGCUGGAGCAACUGCAGCACCUGCAUUACCUGGUCAGGGUCUGCAAGUGCAGACUAUGGCCCCUCAGCUGCUGCUGAACUCCCAGGGCCAGAUCAUAGCCACCUUAGGAAACACAGCGGCUGCUGCCGCUGCCACCACCACCCCCAGCAGCUCUACUGUCCUGCCUAAAGUCACAGGCCCGAUGUCACUCAAGACCACUACACAGGGUCCCAUUGUAACAGUUGCCCAAUCUCCAGUGGUGAUUGCCCCGCAGCCCUCUGCAGGAAAAUUGGCCUCCUCUAUCUCAUCAGCUCUUCCUAUUGCUUGUGCAGAAAUGCCCACUGUUGGCCAGCUUGUCAGCAAGCCACAGUCCAGUGUGACUGAAGAAGAGGGCAUUAACCUGGAAGAGAUCCGAGAGUUUGCCAAGAAUUUUAAGAUCCGACGGCUCUCCUUGGGUCUGACCCAAACACAAGUUGGUCAGGCUCUCACAGCUACUGAAGGACCAGCUUACAGCCAGUCUGCUAUCUGCAGAUUUGAAAAGCUUGACAUCACACCCAAGAGUGCCCAGAAGCUGAAGCCUGUUUUGGAGCGUUGGCUGGCUGAAGCAGAACUGUGGAACCAGAAAGGUCAGCAGAACCUGAUGGAGUUUGUGGGUGGGGAGCCAUCCAAGAAGCGCAAACGCCGUACCAGCUUCACACCACAGGCCAUUGAGGUCCUGAAUACCUACUUUGAGAAAAAUGCCCUUCCAACUGGCCAGGAGAUAACAGAAAUUGCCAAGGAGCUUAAUUAUGAUAGGGAGGUGGUGCGAGUUUGGUUCUGCAACCGCAGACAGACACUGAAGAACACCAGUAAGAUCAAUGUAUUCCAGGUGCAGUAAGGACAUCAGACUGUAAGGUGUGCAAUACAAGACUGGAAGGAAAGUGAGACGAAAUUAUGGACUUGAAUUGUUCUUUUGUACUGUAACUUUUUAAAAAAAAAAAAAGAUUGGUGCUUUUGGUAAGUGUCUUAAGUGGUGUUCACAUUUGAUGGACUUGGCGAUGGCAUUGCAUGAAUGGUCUGUGGUUGAAGUAGUAACAUACUCCUCAUUUUUCUGUAAUAUUUUUUUUUUACUCUGCAUGUGGUACUGUCAUUGCAAGCACUGAGGAAACAUCAUUGAGGAAUCAUUUUGACUGUAAAUUUUAAAUAUUCAUUAUUCAUAGACUUUAUGUGGUUGCCAUUUUAAAUACCCUGACAUUACAAUUAACAAUUUUGUAAAGCUGUUAUAAAACACCAUGUAAGCCCACUGGUUAGGAUUAAAUUCUGGACUUUGUCCAGAUGUAAUAGUGUAGUGGCAAAAUCUCAUAUGAAACAUUUAUUCUUUCCUAUUUGAAUAUUCCUCACAUGUUCAUUUACUUGUGCAAUAUAAUUUGCAGCUAAAUACUGAGAUUGGAGUAUACACACUCGUACACACACACACACGCUCACAUACACAUAUAUAGUUUAGUUGGUGAUGUAACAUUAAACGUAUAUAUGUUUUCCAGCCUUAUGGUAGCUCUCGCAAUCCUCUUGUAUGGUAAGUCUCCUGUUAGAAAUCCUACCUGUCUUUCAUCUUCUCACAGUAUGUGUGCAGUGUGUGCUUAUUGGACAAUCAUAGUACUUUAGAUCAGAGAGUAUGCCCUUAUUUACAUGGCAAAACCCACUGUAUUCUGAUUGGGCUUUCCUGUCUUUUAUGAAGUUAGAUAGAUGUUUAUGGUUAAAAUGGUAACACACUAUAUGUCUAUUGUUUUAAAUAGAGAAUCUAAUAAGUCUUACACAUAUUUAAAAUUGCAGUGAAUGAUGUGAAAUUGCUAUGGAUUAUUGUUACCUUUAACAACAUUCAUGCCAAAAUAAUAGCUUAGGUAAGUCUCUCUAUUACAUAAAUGCUCUUUAUAAUGUGAAAGUCUGCCUCAGAUAAAGAUGUGCUAUAAGGUAAUGAGAAUACGACAGAGCCUCUUAAGAAUAUCCUACUCGUGUAGAAAGCUGCUAGCUGAAGAACUGUUUGCUGAGCUUUGCUCAGUUACAUUUGAAGCAACACAAGUCAGUUUUUUAAAAUUUAUUUUAAACCCCUUCUCCGUCUUCUCCUUGUUUCCCUUCUCCUUAUGUUAUGUUUUCUUAUGUAUCUCUGUCAGAAAUUCAUAAGCUGUCUAUCUAGUGAGGGAUAAUAUUUUCCUUCUAAAGUACUGUUUGUUUUCUAAAGCCUUACUAUGUUUGUGUGUGCAGCAUAUAAUAGGUAGUCAACUAUCUACACAGUCUUGUUUGUGGUGAUGCAAAAAGGAGGACAGUUAAAUAAAAGAUUGUGACUGUAUGACAAAUAGCAGCUGACUGAAGGAUGUGCUAAUGUGUGUUCUUGUUUCAUUUUUAGGUGUUUUGACAAAGCUAUGCCAUUAUGAAUUUUUAAUUUUCAUAAUGGAUUGUUUUCUGCAUCUUUUGUAAUGUUUUUCUGAGGAAGGAGUUGUAGCCUAGCAUUUACUUGUUUUCCAUAAGCUUGGACUGAUGUCGAUCAAAAGCAAACAUUUCUCAAGAUUUUUUCUCCAUUAUAUGGAACAGUAAUCAACUUAAACUGGUUCAGAUUUCAUUUUGUUUGAUGUAUGUUACGUUUUCACGAAGGUACUUGUCAAACUGUCUUUUUUUUAAGGUUUUUUUUUUAUUUUUUUUAUCAUUGUUACUGUUUGUCAUUUGAAGAACACUAAACCAACAUGAGGAAUCCAAGUAAAUUAUAUGGAACAAUCGAUUAAUCGUUUGUGUAACUUUUAAUACUCGUCUUUCUCUCAAUAAACCUUAAAUAAAUCAUUUA